UUAAAAGCAGGAAACUCACUUUCACUUCAGUUUCCUGACUGUGACGCCGGUUUUUUCCACCAUCUAAAGCUUGCAAUGAGUCAGUGUGAGGAGACUGAGGAGGUAGUCGAUCCUCCUGAAACCUCUCUGUGUGAACAACAUGGCCGCCAGACUGAAGCUCAGAGAGUUCCUCUGAAACCUAAAGCUUCCACUGGAUCCGAAUGUUUGAGUUAUUGGUCACAAGAUCACAUCAAUGCAGAAGUGGAGUCAGGGGUGGACUACAGUUCUUCCUCAGAGGAUGAGGGUGUUGUGCCAGAUGAUGUUGAUCAGUUGCAGUCUGAGAAAGAAAGAUCAGGUCAAUGGGACAUUGAUUUCAGGAGGGAUCAGUCAAAGGAAGACAUCAAUGUCAAAGAGAAACGCUCUUCUGUCAGGAAGAAGCGGAAGAAAACAUUCCCAGACAGGCCAGGAUUCAGUUUCCCUAUGGAGCGCUACAGGCCAACAUUCAGACAUGGAUUAUCAGCCAACGUCCUUUCUACAGUGUCGUGGUUGCAGGAACAUCAUGAAUGGAUGUUGGAACCUCAGGAUCUUGAGAGCUACUGGUCAACAGACAGCACUGGAUCAUGGGACAUGGAAACAGGAACAGAGUCCUCUGGAUCCAGUGUGUCCUUCAAGAGUGAUCGGUCAAAAGAAGAAAUCAUCUAUUUCAGAAAAAGACUCUCUCGUCUCAGGGAGGAGGAGGAGAUGAAAGCACAUAUCAGCGAAAGGUCUGCUACAUCCAGUGCGUCCUUCGAGAGUGAUAAUUCUAAAAAAGUCAAAGUUGAUUUCAAAGAAGGACAGUCCCCUCCCAGGGAGGACUGGGUUUCUUCUUCUUCCUCCUCAUCAGAGGAAGACGUUGCAGCAGAUGAUGGUGAUAGGGAUACAACCAGUGACAGCAAAGAGUCCACUACAUCCAGUGUGUCCUUCAAGAGUGAUCGGUCAAAAGACAAAAUCAUUAAUUUCAAAGACGGAUCAUCCGCUCUCAGGAAAAAGGACGAGACAAGUCUUUCUACAACCCCAGUUGUUUGAAGUGGGAUGGAAACAUCGUCGAUGUAACCACCAACAGUUGGUUCAAACACUUCAUCAGCCCCUCCUAUCCCUACUCUCCCUGUCUGUCUCUUUCUCUCUCCCCCACAC